AUGGCCAGGUCCUGUGUUUUCCUGAUAGCUCUGUGGGUAAUGAGCCACUGGACAACCUGCUCUCUAGGCUGUGACAUGCCUCAGAUGCAUAACCUGGGCUACAGGAGGGCCUUGGUACUCCUGGGGAAAAUGAGGAGACUCUCUCCUCUCUCCUGCCUAAAAGACAGAAAUGACUUUGAAUUCCCCCGAGAGGAAUUUCAUGGCAAGCAGAUCCAGAAGGGUGAAGCCCUCUCUGUCCUCCAUGAGCUGACUCAGCAGAUCUUGAACCUCUUCAGUUCUAAGGACUCCUCUGCAGCUUUGGAGACAAGCCUCCUAGAGGAAUUCUGCACUGGCCUCUAUCAGCUGCUGAAUGUCCUGCAAGCCUGUCAGAUGCAGCAGGUGGAGGUACUAGAGCCUUCCCUGAGGCAGGAGGACUCCCUAGUGGCUGUGAGAAAAUACUUCCACAGGAUCACUGCCUACCUGAGAGAGAAGAAACACAGCCCUUGUGCCUGGGAGGUGGUCAGAGCAGAAAUCAUGAGAUCCUUCUCUUCCUCAGCCAACUUACUGGGAAGACUGAGAAGAAUGAGUGAGGCCUGA